ACAUAACAAAAAAUACACAUAAUGAGCCUGACUCAGAAAAUAAAAUAUGAAGAAAAGUACUAGAAAGAACGUGGGGAGGAAUGCAUGUCAGAAUAUUGUAGAAAAAAUACUCCUUGUGGAAGAAGAAUCUGAGAAAACAGAUGUCAGCCAGGAAGAAUCUCCCUCCGUAAUAUCAGGAAAUCCACAAGGACCACCCCCACAAGGAGGCAACAAGCCCCAAGGUCCCCCACCUCCUCCAGGAAAGCCUCAAGGACCACCCCCACAAGAAGGCGACGAGUCCCGAAGUCGCCGAUCUCCUCCAGGAAAGCCAGAAGGACCACCCCCACAAGGAGGCGACAAACCUCAAGGUCCCCCACCUCCACCAAAGCCACAAGGACCACCCCCACAAGAAGGCGACGAGGCCCGAAGUCGCCGAUCUCCAGGAAAGCCACAAGGACCACCCCCACAAGGAGGCGACAAACCUCAAGGUCCCCCACCUCCACCAAAGCCACAAGGACCACCCCCACAAGAAGGCGACGAGGCCCGAAGUCGCCGAUCUCCAGGAAAGCCACAAGGAGGCGACAAACCUCAAGGUCCCCCACCUCCACCAAAGCCACAAGGACCACCCCCACAAGAAGGCGACGAGGCCCGAAGUCGCCGAUCUCCAGGAAAGCCACAAGGACCACCCCCACAAGGAGGCGACAAACCUCAAGGUCCCCCACCUCCACCAAAGCCACAAGGACCACCCCCACAAGAAGGCGACGAGGCCCGAAGGCGCCGAUCUCCUCCAGGAAAGCCAGAAGGACCACCCCCACAAGGAGGCGACAAACCUCAAGGUCCCCCACCUCCACCAAAGCCACAAGGACCACCCCCACAAGAAGGCGACGAGGCCCGAAGGCGCCGAUCUCCAGGAAAGCCACAAGGAGGCGACAAACCUCAAGGUCCCCCACCUCCACCAAAGCCACAAGGACCACCCCCACAAGAAGGCGACGAGGCCCGAAGUCGCCGAUCUCCAGGAAAGCCACAAGGACCACCCCCACAAGGAGGCGACAAACCUCAAGGUCCCCCACCUCCACCAAAGCCACAAGGACCACCCCCACAAGAAGGCGACGAGGCCCGAAGGCGCCGAUCUCCUCCAGGAAAGCCACAAGGACCACCCCCACCUCCUGCUGGACAGCCCCAGGGACCACCACCCCCUGCUCAAGGGGGCGGACCACCCGGACCUCCCCAGGGACAGCCUGCCCAGUAAUCUAGGAUUCGAUGACAGGAAGUGAAUAAGAAGAUGACAGUGAUUCAAAUGAUUCAAAUGCCAUGACAUUGGAACAAGGUGGUCAUAGCUCUAACUUCCAUAUACCAAUAAAAUAAUCAGCUUGCAA